UGAUAACGUCAUCACUAGAUGCCGGAAAAAAAAUUGUCACAUGUGUCAUCUACGGUGUCAACCAACUUGGUAGCCCUUGUGGAAUGAGCCGAGACCGUCUGUUGGGCAAUUAAUCGAUCAGAAAGAAGACAGUAAUGUUUAAGUGAGACUAACUCAGCGCGUUUACAUGUGAUUAAUCGGUACGCUGUGGUUUGAAUGACUGCGGGAGACGAUUAGCAUGAACAGGCUCCAUGUGAGGCUCUGGUACUUCACGUCGCUGUUUGUGAACGACAGGACUCUCUCUGCUCCUGUCCGCUGUGAUUCUUCUCUCCAUCGGACUGCUUUUCAGCUUUUUCGGACCAUGGCCACCACUACCACUAACAACAAAAACAAUUUACCGAAGAAAGCCAAGCAGAAGGAGCCGCUGCGCAGAGUGAAAACCAAAGAGAACCGCAGCAAGCGAGGAGACGUUCACGGACCGUCCACUGUGUACCUGCAGGUGGUCGGAGCUGGAAGCAGAGAUAAUGCUGCGUCAGUUUACGUAUUCUCCGAGUUCAACAGGUACCUGUUCAACUGUGGUGAAGGAACGCAGAGGCUCAUGCAGGAACACAAGCUGAAAGCUGCUCGCUUGGACAACAUCUUCCUGACCAGACUGAGCUGGGAGAACGUGGGAGGCUUGUCAGCAAAGUCGAGGGACAACGACAGAAAUCGCUCCCACAGGUCGGGCAGGAACAGCCCCACUCAGGCGACUCCACAGAAAGCCGACGUCAGCAGUGCGGACGAUCCAGGUGAAAGGCGAACAGCAGCGAGAGAUUCCUCUCUGGUGGUCGCCUUUGCCUGCAAGCUUCACCCAAAGAAGGGCAACUUCUUAGUUGCUCAAGCCAAAGAGCUUGGGCUGCCCGUGGGCACAGCUGCUAUUGGUCCCAUCAUUGCAGCUCUGAAAGCCGGGAAAAGUAUCGUGCAUGAAGGAAAAGAGAUCCGACCCGAGCAGGUCUGUACUCCUACUGAUCCAGGACCAGUCUUUAUUAUGGUCGAGUGUCCGUCUGAAGAAUUUCUUGGAGCUCUUUGCACCAAUCAGCAGCUGGGAAGGUCUUUAGGUGAGCCUCAGGCGGCCUUACACGUCCCGAACGUCAGAGCGGAGUGUCUGCUCAAGUUCCAGCUCAGACCUGUAAUGGAGUGGCAAAGAGAUGCCAUCCCCUCCUGCAACUCUGAGGAGUUUGUGAAAGAAGCUUCUGAGGUCCCAAACUUUCUGGCAGAAGUGGACGAGUGCAGGAAGAUUUGCUCCGCUGGCUCUGCAGAGCUUUCCGGUCAAGGAGGAAAAUACCCAGAGGUGGUUUUCUUGGGAACUGGGUCAGCUCUUCCGAUGAAGAUCAGGAAUGUCAGCGGCACUUUAGUUAAUAUCAGCCCGAGUCAGUCGUUGCUGCUGGACUGUGGAGAGGGAACCUUCGGUCAGCUCUGCAGACACUACGGGGACGACGUUGACGACGCUUUGUCCAAGAUCGCCACGGUCUUCAUCUCACACCUGCAUGCUGACCAUCACACGGGGCUGGUGAAGCUGCUGUACCAGAGAGAAAGGGCACUGGCAACUUUGGGAAAGCCGUUUAGCCCGAUCUUCCUGGUUGCUCCGGUUCAGAUCAUGACCUGGCUCAACCAGUACCACGACUACUGCGAGGAGAUUCUCAGUCACAUCAACCUCAUCCCCAAUAAAUUUCUGUGCGACACCGUCGAGGUUCCCAAACAGAGGACGAAGUCAUUCAUCCAAGCGAUGCUGAAGAAGAACAACCUGCAGCGGUUCCACACAUGUUUAGUGCGUCACUGCAAGAACGCCUUUGCCUGCAGCUUCACUCACCAGGCAGGCUGGAAGCUGGCCUUUUCUGGAGACACCAUGCCCUGCGACGCAUUCGUACACAUCGGAAAAAAUGCGACCUUACUAAUCCACGAGGCCACGCUGGAGGAUGAGCUAGAGGAGGAAGCUGUAGAGAAAAGGCAUAGUACAACCUCCCAGGCCAUCGGUAUCGGCAUGAAGAUGAACGCCGACUUCAUCGUGCUCAACCACUUCAGCCAGCGCUACGCUAAGAUCCCUCUCUUCAGCGAAGACUUCAACGACAGGGUGGGAAUAUCCUUCGACCACAUGAGAAUUCGUUUUGAUGAUUCCAAAAUCAUCCCCAAACUCAUUCCUGCACUGAAAACCCUGUUUGCCGAGGAGCUCGGCGAGAUGGAGGAGAGGAGGGAGAGGAGGGAGAUGAGAUAUCCAAGAGGAAGCAGCUCUGAAGUGACCAGCGAGCAUAAGACGGGAGCGCCGGACGUCGGCAGAGGUGCUAAAAGAGACCAGGAGGAAACAGCAGCACACGUAGAAACGAAGCGGCUGAAAAGCAGCUGAUUCCUCUUUCAUUUAAACAUGAGUUUUGAAAGAC